AUGGCCAACAAAGAAUACACCGAAGAGGAGCUGAAUUAUUUCCGUGUUUGUUACAUCACCACCCACAUCAUCAGGGAAGGUCUUAAAGAACUGUUUAAACGUGAAUGGGACCGACACCACAGUCCUGGGUUUGGUUUAUGGCAAGAUACUGCAAGAAAUGGGCAGGAUUUCUUUAGAAUGGAAUCAAAAAAGAGUCGUUCAAAAAAUUCAAGACUCUUGUCUAUCAUUCAAAAUGGAAACACAGAAGAAUGGGAUUGUACAUGUUUGUUCUUUGCAAUUCUCUAUUCAGACACCCUGGGGCCUUUUAUAAGCACAGCAGUUUUCAAUGGUGUAGACGAUUUGCGAAUGUUCCGUAAUGAAGUAUUUGCACAUCGUUCUAAAGCUUGUUUUCCUAAAGCAGAGUUUCAGAGGUGUGUAUCCAGUCUGUCAAAUGCAUUCACGUCCCUUCAUCUUGCUACUGCAGAACUUCAGAGAAUAAUCAACCAGAAAAGUUUUCCCACCGGGGAACUUCAGAAGUUCAAAGAACAGGUGACGAUCUUGGAAGAUGAGAUACAAGGUAAACCUAAAUCUUUCGUCAUUCUUCCACAGCUGCCAUCACAUGCGGUUGUCGAAAGGAAAGUGGAAGUUGAAAACAUCAUGCAAAAGUUUUCAGAUCUCCAGGAAAACAACAAGGAUGCUUCUGUUGUUACGAUUUACAUCUCUGGUAAUCCAGGAUGUGGCAAAAGCCAAGUUGCUCGUGAAGUUGGCAGGCUAUUUUUUGAAAGAGAAGAUGCUAAGAAUGACCAUGAUAGUUGCACGCUUGUAAUGACCUUCAAUGCUGAAAGUGAACAAUCUUUGUUAGAUUCUUACUGCAAGUUUGCCCUUAAGGUUGGUGUCACCGAAUAUUCCCUUAACAGCAUCACAGGAGGGGACUCAGUUUUGUUGCCCUAUGAAAAGAUUUGUCAUCUAAAAACUCUUGUGUCUGCCAAAAUGGAAAGGUAUUGCAGCUGGCUUCUUAUAUAUGACAAUGUUAACGAGCUUAACGAUUUUUGGUCUUUUGAUGACUGGAUAGGUCGUGGAGAUUACUUGCCUGAUGAGCACUGGGGGGGUUGUGGUUAUGUUCUUGUUACUACCCAGGACAGUACCAACCUACCAGAAGCUGACCCUCUUUGUGAGAGUGUGUCUCUGAGUGAGGGCAUGCAGUCUGAAGAUGCAAGCAUUCUACUUCGAAAGAUUUGUCCGUUUUCCAGUGAUAGUGAAGAAGAGUCCUUAGUCCUGAAUGCUUUGGACUAUCAACCUUUGGCUAUUGCCUGUGCUGGAAUUUAUGCGCGUUACAUUGUGGCAGGCCGAAAGACAAGUUCGGGUUACUGUUGGAAAGAAUACCUAAAGAAACUGGACACGCUGGAAGAGCGAGCUGCUGCAGAGAAAGUAUACAAACGGGCGAGCAGGUGUUAUCGAUCUUCAAUGAUCGCUGCAGUUACCUUGGCUUUUGAAAAACUGGUGCAGGAGCCAAAUUUUGAACAUGUGGUUCCAUUUCUUGCCUUGGGUGCCCCAACGCCUGUACAUGUGGAUUUGAUUAUUCGUUAUCUUGCAGAGCAAGAUCCAGAUUGCGAUGAAGAUUUGGCUGCUGCUGAAAUCGUGAAAUGCUCCCUGCUAAUACAGCAUUCUCCAGAUGAGAGCUCAAAGGUGCAAGUUAGGAUGCACCAAGUUGUUCAUGAAGUCUUCAGGAAGUACCUUCUUGAUAAGUGUAGCAAGGAGCAGAUUGCCGAAUUCAUUCUGUUGUACAUUGAAAUACUGUCCGCCUCUGCCCAGCAUGACCCACUUCAUUAUGACCUGGACUUCCAUUUGACCUCAAAAAUGAUGGCUCCUCAUUUGAAAUAUCUUUCCCAUCGACCCGAACAGCUGUGGAAAUUAGUCCUGGCUAAAACCAACAAAAAGCGUUCACUGCAAGGUACUUUUUUCAGUUUUGGGGACAUUUGUAGGAAACAUUUUUUCCUUGGGGAGGCCAGUAGUUAUUUCCAUGAUGCCCUGCAAAUUGCAUUAGAUGAAUAUGACAGUAACGAUAGAAACAAAAUCCGUUUUAUUGCCACCAUCUUAAACAACAAAGGUCUGAUUUGUCAUGAAAAUGGCGAGUUCGAGACUGCUGAAGUGUACUACAAGCGUGCUUUAGACACCCUCAGGGCACUGCACCCACCAAACACAAGCCUUCCAGAAAUUGCGGACUCGCUGAACAAAUUGGGAACACUCUACUACACUUUUUCUGAUAGCGAAAUUUCCGAUAGGGAACGCAAAAGACGGGAUUACGUGCUUCAGCAGUACGGUCUCGAGCCUUCUAAUUUGGCAACACGUUACUAUGAUGACAACUCGUAUAUGGAAAAAGCGCAAUAUUACUUCCAGCAAUCCCUUGACAUGAGGAAACAGUUAUAUGGUCUUGAGCAUCCUGAAGUUGCAGCUUCACUUGCCAAUGUUGGUUGCAUCCACAGUGUGAUGGGUGACUUGGAAACCGCAAAGGAAUUUUUCGAGAGGUCAUAUGCUCUUAGAAAUAAGAUAUAUGGCAAAGAACACCCAUGUGUUGCAGAUUCUUUGAACAAUCUUGGAAUCUUGCACAGCAAAAUGGGCCUCACCAUGGAGGCAAUUCAAUAUCUGGAAAAGGCAUUGGAAAUGAGAAAGAAGCUUUUCUUUCAUGAUCAUGCUGUGAUAGCUGAUUCAUAUAAUAACCUUGCUCUUUCGUACCAAUACAAUGGUCAAUUUCGGAAAGCAAAGGAAUGCUUUGAAGAAGCGUUGCGUAUUAGGGAAAGAGUCUCAGGAAAAGAACACGCGUUGGUAGCAACAUUGUUGUUUAAUUUCAGUGCCCUGUACUUGAGAUUGGGUGAAAUGGAGAAAUUCAAAUCUCUUCAUAAUCGUGCUCGGCAGAUA